UGUACAGGAUCUACCUGUAUAAAGCAAUACCUCCACCAUGAACUGUAAUAUUCCUAGAUUGCUGAAAUUAGGAUGUUCAAGCCCUUGCUGGUUUAUGAAUUCAUCUCUAGAAAAAGCGCAAAUAUAAAACCUUAGAAGUUCGUGCUGACGUUCCUUAUUUAGACAAGAGCCUUGACACUACAGCUUAUACGACAAGAAUGAAAAGCACUUUAGUGAUGGUAUCACCAAUGAACCUUGUUCUAUUUAAACUUUCAAAAGAAGGAAACGCAGCCGAGUUCAUCACCAACUGUCACCUUUUAUUCAGGUUGUUACAUUAUUUUACCAUAAUACUUCUUUCUUUCAACAAAGUAUUGUUUCUCUGCUUUUGAAUCUACAAAAUAUUCUACCCAGACAGUAUGGCCAACAAUAACAAGCCAUCCAUUGAAACAAAGGUAACUCCAGUAACAACUAAACGACGACAAUCGACGUUAGCGUCUUUAGGCAUUCAAACUUCCCCAGCAGCAACAAAACCUACUACAACAACUGGUCGAAUAAAUGCCAACAGCAAUACUACAGUUACGCCAACCGCCAAUGCUACUGGUUCAGUUAAAAGAGCUUCUACUGCGUCGGCUUCCUCUGUCGCCGCAAAAAGCAUUAAGACCUCUUCACCUUCUAUUUCCAAAACCCGAGCCUCUUCUGCCACAUCUUCUACUUCUAGUGUGCGAAGCUCAACAUCCUCCUCAGCAAAAAUAGCAAACGCAACAGCAAAUGUAAAAAGAAUAGAAACCAACUCUUCAAAGACAAUUAAUAACAAAUCUAGUAGCACUCUUCCAACAACAACAACAAGUUCAACCGUUAAAUCACCUACUCCACUGAGAACCAGAAGGUCGAUUAUACCACCAUCUCCAACAACACCAACAGGAGCUACAGCAACAACAACCUUGUCGAGAAGGUCAUCCGUCAUUUCUCAUAAUAACUCAACAAACGCUUCUGUUACAAAUAAAAAACGUGCAUCUACUUCCAGCGCCUCCAUAGUAGCAGGCGUUGAGUUAAUAAAUGAGAUACAGACUUUGAAGCAACAGUUGCUUGAAAAAGAAGAGGAGAUUAAAAGGUUAAAGGAAGUUAAAGAGAAUUUGAAGAGAGAGAAUGAGGUCAAGCUUUUAUUACUGGAGACCAGUCCAAAACCCGCUAUUGAAGAACAAAAAGUAGUGAGCAUAAACACUGUGUCUUAUUGCGAUAUGUAUAAGAAUUCAGUCUAAUGUGUAUAUUCUCAACGCAAGGAUACCAUCUCUGCUUGUGAUGGAUUCAAUAAAUCAGUAAACGCGGAGGUUGUGUUCGAUCAAGAAACCGACAGAAAGGUUAUAGAAGCUGAAACUAGUGCAGUAUAUGAACAACAGUUAAAGGAAGAACUUGAAAAAAAUAAAGCCACUCUUCAAUCCGAGCUAACAAAUUUGCGUGAUGAAUUGACAUCUAUUUAUGAGCAGCAAAUCAGCAAAUUAAAUGCAG